UGCCAGAAGUUUAUUUCAGUGCGAACUAUUCGAACAAUCCAGUGAAUCUCCUACGUCUGUGCGAUGCUUGCAACAGUCCUCAACCAAGAUAUAAACUCAUCCAUGGACACGAGAAGGCUUACUCACAAUUUAAGUACGUGGCGUACCAACAGUGCUUGCCUGGCUGCGUAGUGAAAAGCAAAAAGACAUGUAAUGUAACAAUUACCUUGACAAGCAAUGAAGAGAAGAUUGUCAAUCUUGAAAAUGAUACUUCAUGCAAGGCUUAUGAUGGGGGAAACGCUGAAACACAACAAAUCCAAAAAACCCGGAAAUCUAGAAG